AUGAGCAGGACAACGGCGGCGCGUACGAGGACUCGCGUGGGCAAGUAUGAGCUGGGUCGGACCCUGGGUGAGGGCACCUUCGCCAAGGUUAAGUUUGCGACUAAUACUCAGACCGGUGACCAUGUCGCCGUUAAAAUCAUUGAUCGUGAUCGAGUCCUCCGUCACAAGAUGGUUGAGCAGAUCAAACGGGAGAUAUCGACGAUGAAGAUGAUCAAACAUCCGAAUGUCUUAAGUUUAUUUGAGGUAGUAAUGGCGAGUAAAACCAAGAUCUACAUUGUUCUCGAAUACGUCGAUGGAGGCGAACUCUUUGACAAAAUUGCUAAAUAUGGGAAACUUAAAGAAGAUGCUGCUCGGAGAUACUUCCAACAGCUCAUCAAUGCUGUUGAUUACUGCCACAGUAGAGGCGUAUACCACCGAGACUUGAAGCCAGAGAAUCUGUUGCUGGACUCUUAUGGUGUCCUUAAAGUUUCAGAUUUUGGAUUGAGUGCAUUCUCGAAGCAAGUCCGGGAUGAUGGUCUUCUUCACACUGCUUGCGGCACACCGAACUACGUAGCUCCGGAGGUUCUCACGGACAAAGGUUAUGAUGGUACAGCAUCAGAUGUGUGGUCUUGUGGCGUUAUUCUUUUUGUUCUAAUGGCUGGCUACUUGCCUUUUGAUGAACCCAACCUAAUGGCUUUGUAUAGAAGGAUUCAAAAGGCGGAUUUCUCAUUUCCUUUAUGGUUCUCAUCCAGUGCGAAAAAGCUGAUUAAGCGUAUUCUGGAUCCAAAUCCUCUUACUAGAAUUACAAUUCCUGAAAUUCUGGAAAAUGAUUGGUUCAAGAAAGAUUACAAACCACCUCAGUUUGAGCAGGAAGAGGGUGUUAAUCUUGAAGAUGUUGAUGCUGUCUUCAAUGACUCUGACGAACAUCUUGUAACAGAAAGGAAAGAGAAACCAGUGUCCAUGAAUGCCUUUGAGCUUAUUUCUAGGUCUCAGGGUUUUAGCCUUGAAAAUCUGUUCGACAAACAGAUGGGUCCUGUAAAGAAGGAAACAUCCUUUACAUCCAAGUGCCCUGCGAAUGAGAUCAUGUCGAAAAUCGAGGAGGCUGCUAAACCUAUGGGUUUUAAUGUCCACAAAAGAAAUUAUAAGAUGAAGUUACAAGGAGAUAAGACAGGGAGAAAAGGUCAACUUGCUGUAGCCACAGAGGUUUUUGAGGUGGCUCCUUCACUGCACAUGGUGGAGCUACGUAAAACUGGUGGUGACACCUUGGAAUUUCAUAAGUUCUAUAAGACCUUCGCAUCAGGACUUAAAGAUGUCGUCUGGACUACAGAGUCGAAUGAAGACAAGACAAAAUCUUGA